GAGGCUCUAGUGUUUCAGCUUUAGUUCAUUUUUGUUGAAGCAAGCUGAAAGUUCUGAAUUUUUUACAAUAUGAAGCUGCAAGUCCUGCUUUUCUUAUUCAUCGCCUUUGUGGCCGGUUCUUUUGCUCUCAAAAAUGCAAUUUGUGGUCUACCCCAUUCUCGGGAUGGUGAUGUUGAACGUAAAAUAUCCUGCGAGGCUUAUUUCCCCAGUUGGUCUUACGAUGCCGGCAAUAAUAAGUGCGUGGAAUUCAUCUACGGAGGCUGUGGCGGCAAUGAAAAUAGAUUCGGUUCAAGGAAAAGUUGUGAAGAGAAGUGUUUGCAAUAAACAUAUAUGAAAUUAA